AACUUUGUUUCGUCAGAUAUGUGCAACGGGAAGCUGCUCCAAAAGAGCUUGUUGCAAAAAUUUCAGACGCUUUUUCCAGGUUUUCACAGUUGGAAAUGUGAUUUCGUGAUAUUAUAUUAGCUGUAAAUGAUAUCCACUUAUGUACAAGCGGUGUUGUCAUCUGUCAAUACUAAGUUUGGAGAUCGUGAGAACAAUUUUAAUUGUCUUAUGUUGUUUAGUUAUUGAGAAAUUUGUUACCUUUCGUUUAAGUAAGCCUGUUAACGUCUGUUGCUAGAAGUAUAUUUUACUGAAACUAGUUGUGAAUGGAUGAUCGAGACAGAGUACGUUAUGAAACAUGCUUUUACAGUCAACAACUUCAAGAUGGUAUUUUGUCUGGGGAUGAUGCGAGAGCAUUGUUUAUGAAAUCGAAACUACCACUUUCUGAUCUGAAACAAAUAUGGAGUUAUGCUGACAGUGAUCAUGACAACAAACUUGAUGUUCAUCAAUUCUCUUCUGCAAUGCAUUUCAUUGAACGUAGACUACUUGGUCAUGACAUUGUUAAACAAAAUGAUAUCAAUGCGACUCAAAGCAAAGAGGCAGUUACCCUCCCAAAAUUACAAUGAAAGAAAAACUGCAGAUCAAAGAAAUAUUUCAGUAUUAUGAUGUAAACAAUGAAAAUUGCAUUCAAAAGAACAAUAUAAAGUCAGUUUGUAUGUCUUCUGGCUUUCAUCAUCUACGAUGUCAAGAAUAUGGUUUAUCGCUGACCUUGAUAGAGAUGGAAAAUUGAAUCAUUUUGAAUUUACUAUUGCCAUGCAUCUUAUCAAAAACUGCGUGAAGGGACUCAUACUUGAUGGUCCAGUCAAUCCUUUCAAAAUUUUCCCGCAGGAGACUGAUGCCAUUCGAAUUUACAAAGAAAGUAUUACGAUGUUUGAUAAGGAAUUUCUUUUGAAACAAAACAACAGAUUAGAUUGGGAAAGUGGAUAUGAUUCAAAACCUGAUGCGUUGACCUGCGAGCCGUUAAUAAAAGAUUUUUUUGGUGAAACAAAGAUUCUGCCUCCCGGCAAUGAAACAGUAAACGAGGGAGGAAACCGAACAAAUUUUAAUGAACUCCGAAACUCAUCUGUUGUUAACGAUAACUCUGAUGUUGAUAGCUGUCCGAUGGUAGCCAUGAAAAAACAUACAGAGACGAUUAGUCAAGAAAAGAUUGCGAAAAAUGAAGAAAACUUUGACUUAGAAAAUAUAUUUGAAACAAUUCAUGAAGAAAAUGUGGGAGAGUUAAGUAACGUACAUGAUUUUAUUUUACCUCCAUUGACAAGAUUUGUAGAUAAUGAAAGAAAUGAUGUAGAUUUCCAAUCUGUUUCACCUCACUGUCAUAAGAGAACCUAUGUUGAGAAAGAUCUGAUAUUUGAAGAUCCCGUUGGAAGCGAAACUAUCGGCGAUGUUGAAUUUGAAGUUGAUUUUAAUAAUAUUAUCAACGAAAUUGAAAAAGAAAAUGUCGAUGAAGAACAAUGGUUACCAAUUGCUCGAAUUUUGUCAACGUAUAAAUCUCCUGUUUAUGACGAACGGCCGAAUAUAAUACCUCUCACUGCAUUUGACAGACCAGUGGAGUUGGACAUGGAAGAUGUUAAGGUAAACAAAAUCAGCAUUAAUGGAGAUUCUUCAAAUGACAGGACUGAUCUAGCAAAAAAAUCUUGCUCGAGAAAAAAAGUAUCCGUUGUUAAUGUCACAAAACAAAACAAAGUUGUUAUGCAUAAUCACGAACAAGACAGACAUAAAGUUUUGCAUAAUGAUUUAGCUGAUAAAUCCAAAGAUCAAAAUAAUGCUGUAGUGCAAGAGAAAAUUGACAGGAACUUGAUUGUUAAGAAUAAUGGAAUGCAAAACAUUGAUGAAUUUUUCGAAAAAAGGUCUGAAGAUAGCAUUUUUACUCUGUAUAAAGAGGGUAGUCUUGAUUCAGAUAAAACUUACAGCAAAUAUGAUAAAAAUUGUGACAAAAGUGAAUUGACGAAACUUCGUGAAGUGGAAGAAAAAGAAAAGCGUUUGCUUGAGAGAAUUAAAUUCUUGGAGAAGAAGAGAAAACUUUUAUAUGAAGAGAAGCAACGAGACUUAGGCCUUAAAAGAGACGAACAAAAACGCUUAAGCCUUCCGAAUUUAAAUGAAGAGAAAUCAUAUUUAACUAUCGCGAAACAUCCUGCUACGGCAAACGAUAUUUGGUCUGAUAACGUCCAACAAGAAAAAAGUGAAGUGGUCACAGACGAAAAACAGAAGCCUUCUGAAGCUCUUCCCGUGAAAAUGAAAACUGAGACAGAAUCACAGAAACAACGUGAGGUUAGUUUGCAAAAAGUGGAAAGAAAAAAUCUAGAUGACGAAAAAAAAUUUAAAGAAGAAAAGGACGCUGCUGAAGAGCGGAGACGUAAUUUCUUAAAAAACCAGCAAUUAUUGAAACAACGCAUUGACAACGAACAAAAAGAAAAGGUAAACGACCUGACUAUUAAUGAAACUGAGUCAAGCGAUGCGAAAAGGAAAGAAAGUUUUAACGUUGAUUCUGUGAAUGCACAGAAUUCUAUUCAGCAUAGUCAAUAUUUAGGUGAUGACAACGAAAACAAUGAAGUGUUUAAAAUUAAUGAAAAACAUGAUUUAAUUGAUUCAAUACAAAAAGAAAAUUUCAAAUCCAAUCGAGAAUUGUUCUUGAGGAAAGUGUCAACCGAAAGUAAGCUAAGUACUCCAGUAUUUACGAGCAAAAAGGAAAAACCAUCUCGUCCAAAAUCUUUUUAUGGUGGAAUGUUCAAAAGUCCUUUACAUCUGCAUGAAAAAAAUUCAAUAAAAGUGGAAAUUGUCAGCCAUGGAAGUCCAGAUGAUCUUCUUGAUAGAGAUACUUUGAAACAGUUGGAAAGAGAAAAAGAAAUGAAAAAGGAUCAAGAAAUUAUUCGUAAACUUCGUUCAUCUAUCGAGCGUGAAUCGAGUUAUUCUGUGGCAAACGUCGAGAAGUUGUUUUCUGAGUGCGAAGACGAUUCCAGCAGACCUUGUAGCGAGGAAUCUAGAAAUGAGCGGAAAAAAGUAGAAAAAAAGGAAGUUCAAAAACCAUCUCGUCCUCGAUCAUUAGUUCACACUUUAACUAACGAAUGGAAUUCAUUUAUCGAAGAAGAAGAUAAAAAACGAGAUUUGGAGACAGUGAUAACGCGGAAAGAUUUGAGUACUCAGAGUAAAGAGAAACCUUUAAAAGCCAACUUAAAGGAAAGCUCUCUGAAACAGGGGCCACGUAAUGAAAAAGUACACAAUGAAAGCGAUAUUAUCAAGGAAAAUGCUCCUAAACGCAAGACACAAAUGGCAAAUUCCUGGAUCCAACUGGCUAACAAUAAUAAUGAUUGACAAUUGAUAAUUAAAGAGAUCUCUGUUCACACAGGAAUGUUUUGUUGAUUGUUGAUAAACUGAAUAUCAUCUAUGUAGAAGAUGUGUAUCAAAUCAAAUCUAAAACGUCGGUUAUACUUGUUUUAGUAUAAAUAGAUCAAUUUUUCUAGUGUCCUCUACUGCUUUAGAAAGUACACUAUUUGCACGAACAUUUGUCAAUUAAAAUUACUGAUGUGCAUUAGGAUUUCACAAACUUUCAAAA